GGCGCGAAAGCUCUAACUGCACUGCCAGACUAGAGAUACCACGACCUGCUUCCUUCGCCCUUGAGGGACCUGGGGACGGCUUCGUUCGGAAGGGAGCGAGUUGGGAAGGGCCGGAAUCAUGACGGGCGAGUUGACCUCCGAGGUUCAUUCAGAAAUUGAUGAUCUAAAACUGGUUUCACAAGAAGUAAACAGUCCUUCCGACAGUGGACAAGGCAGCAUUGAAUCAGUCGAGCCCUUGAGUGAAAAAGAUUCAGAUGAAGAGCUAUUUGUGAGUAAGAAAUUAAAGAGCAGGAAGGUACUACAAGAUAGUGAUUCUGAAACAGAGGACACAGGUACCUCUGCAGUGCACACUACCUAUGACAGUGCUGAGGAAAACAAAGAGAACUUACGUGCUGGAAAAAGUGGAAAAAUCAAAAGGAUUUACAAAACACUGGCAAGCAGCGAUGAAAGUAGCAUGGAGGAGUCUUUGUAUCAGGAAAAUCUUGAAAACCAUGGGUCACUUAGUUUAGAUCCAAGUCUUCAAUCAGGAAACUCUGUGGACUUCACUACUAUUGACAGAAAGAGUUCCAAAAAACUUCUACGUGAUAAAGAAAGAACUGAAGGAAAAACAAAAGUAAAAUCAAAGAGAAGACUUGAGAAAGAGGAGAAAAAGAUGGAGAAAAUUAGGCAGCUAAAAAGGAAGGAAACAAAAAAUGAGGAAAAUGAUGUGGAACAGCCAUUUAAUGACAGCGGCUGUCUUCUUGCGGACACAGACCUUUUUGAAACGGGUUUGGAGGAGGAAAAUAACUCACAACUGGAAGAUGAAGAAUCAUUAGAAUCAAUAAGGGCAGCUGUGAAAAACAAAGUAAAAAAUCACAAGAAAAAGAAACCAUCUUUGGAGAGUGGGACCUUUGAAGAAGAAAGUGAGUUACCCAAAGGCCCUUUGAGGAAGGAAAGAAAGGCAGCCAAAUUAAGUAAGGAAGCAUUAAAAAACCUGCAUAGUGAGACUCAACGCCUUAUCCGAGAAUCUGCACUUAAUCUUCCAUAUCAUAUUCCUGAAAAUAAAAGCAUUCAUGAUUUCUUCAAGCGUAAACCCCGGCCCUCUUGCCAGGGAAAUGCCAUGGCACUACUGAAAUCAUCUAAAUAUCAGUCAAAUCAUCUCAAAGAAAACAUAAGCAUUGCAAAUACAACUGAGAUGAAUGGUCAUCACCAUAGCAAAAGAUCUGAGCAGACUGCAGGUACAGAAUGUGAAACAGAAAUUAAUGUACUUCCUGUGGUUUCACCGGGACUUCAGAUAGCUACUGAAUCAAAUGAGGCUGUCAGUGAGAAUCUCAUAAGAAGCGAAGAGCUGGAAAUUCAAGUGAAUCAAAAGCAUAGUGCUGAUACCCUUUCACCUGGAAUCAGGCCAGAAUUGCUAGAAGAAUUGAGCAUCCUCAGGGAAGAGGCCAGUAAGGAGCAUCAAACUGGAGGGCUUCUGGCAUCUGAGGCUCAUGCCAUGGCUGGAGAAAAUGGACUGAGAAAUACCGAAGAAACAGAUGAGAAAGUGGAAGAAUCCCUAAAGAAAACUGAAUCAUCAGUAGCUAUGCCUCCUGAAAAAGUGAGAAAGUUCACUCUUGACAGACUUAAACAACUGGGAAUAGAUGUUUCCAUUAAACCUCGGCUCGGUGCUGAUGAAGAUUCCUUUGUGAUACUUGAUGAACCUGAAACCAACAGAGAACUGGAAGCCUUGAAACAGCGUUUCUGGAAGCAUGCUAAUCCAGCAGCCAAAACCAGGGCUGGUCAGACAGUGAAUGUGAAUGUCAUAGUAAAGGACUUGGGUGUGGAUGGAAAGGAAGAAUUAAAGGCAGAUGUGGUACCUGUGACUUUGGCAGCUGAGAAGCUGGAUGGAGUUAGCCACACAAAACCAGGUGAAAAGCUACAGAUGCUAAAAGCUAAACUGCAAGAGGCAAUGAAACUCCGAAGGUUUGAGGAACGUCAGAAGCGCCAAGCAUUAUUUAAAUUAGAUAAUGAAGAUGGGUUUGAAGAGGAAGAGGAAGCGGAGAUGACAGAUGAGUCUGAAGAAGAUGGAGGAGAAGAGUUAGAAAAAGAGGAGGAAAUAGAGGAAGAGGAAGAGAAAGAAGAACUAGAGGAAGAGGAGGAAGAAGGCAAUCAAGAGAGUGCAGAAUUUCUUCUUGGAAGUGAAGAAAUAGAAACCAAAGAUGAGAAAGAAAUGGAUAAAGAAAACAAUGAUGGCAGUAGUGAAAUUGGCCAGUCAGUCCAUCUCUGUGUUCCUAAGCCUCUCUCAUCAGAUUCUACCUUACUUCUAUUUAAGGACAACUCUUCCAAGAUGGGUUACUUUCCUGCUGAAGAAAAAUCAGAAACAGACGAAAGCUUAGGAAAGCAGCCUAGCAAAUUGUAUGAAGAUGAUUCAUGUUCAUUGCUAACAAAAGAAAGCAGCCACAAUAGCAGCUUUGAGCUGAUUGGCUCAACAAUUCCAUCCUAUCAACCUUGCAAUAGACAAACAGGCCGAGGGACCAGUUUUUACCCAACAGCAGGAGGGUUCAGAUCCCCUUCCCCUGGGUUAUUUCGAACCAGUUUGGUCAGCUCAGCUUCUAAGAGUUCAGGGAAGCUGUCUGAGCCUUCACUUCCCAUAGAGGAUUCCCAGGAUCUGUAUAACGCCUCCCCAGAGCCCAAGACACUUUUCCUAGGAGCAGAAGACUUCCAGUUCUGUUUAGAAGAUGACACUCAGAGCCAACUGUUGGAUGCAGAUGGAUUCUUAAAUGUUAGAAACCACAGGAACCAGUACCAAGCUUUGAAGCCUCAGCUGCCGUUGGCCAGUAUGGAUGAGAAUGCCAUGGAUGCCAACAUGGAUGAACUGUUGGAUUUGUGUUCUGGGAAGUUUACAUCUCAGACUGAAAAAUGUCAAUCCACAAAAAGUGAUAAGAAAGAGAACAUGGAGGAACUUCUGAACCUUUGCUCGGGAAAAUUCACUUCUCAAGAUAACUCCCCCAUGGCUUCAUCAGAACUGAGUAAGCAGGAGAAGGAAAAUAGCAUUGGUGAUCCAAUGGAAGAAGCACUUGCUCUUUGCUCAGGAUCUUUCCCAACAGACAGGGAGGAAGAAGGUGAAGAGGAGGAAAUUGGAGACUUUCGGCUGGUCCCAAAUGAUAGUGAGUUUGAUAGUGAUGAGGAUGAACACAGUGACUCUGGUAAUGAAAAUAUGGCAUUGGAAGACCAUGAAGAGGAUGAUGAAGAAGAGCUCCUAAAGCAAUCUGAAAGGUUGAAAAGGAAAAUGAGAUUGCAGAAAUACCUUGAGGAUGAGGCAGAGGUAUCAGGAAGUGAUGUGGGAAGUGAAGACGAGUAUGAUGGACAAGACAUUGAUGAAUAUGAAGAGGAUAUAAAUGACGAAGUACUUCCAUCUGAUGAGGAACUACAGAGUCAAAUCAAGAAAAUACACAUGAAGACCAUGUUGGAUGAUGAUAAGCGUCAACUACGUUUAUAUCAAGAGAGGUACCUUGCUGAUGGGGACCUGCACAGCGAUGGUCCUGGGCGGAUGAGGAAAUUCCGAUGGAAAAACAUAGAUGAUGCUUCUCAGAUGGACUUGUUCCACAGAGACUCUGAUGAUGACCAGAUUGAAGAACAGCUUGAUGAGACAGAAGCCAGAUGGAGGAAAGAGCGGAUUGAAAGAGAGCAGUGGCUUCGGGACCAGGCUCAACAGGGGAAAAUUAUAACUGAAGAAGAAGAAAUUGGGGAAGACAGUCAAUUUAUGAUGCUAGCCAGGAAAGUCACUGCCAAAGCACUCCAGAAGAAUGCCAACCGGCCUGUGGUUAUUCAGGAAUCAAAGUCUCUUCCCAGUAAUCCUUUUGAAGCCAUCAGACCAGGACAUGCUCAUCAGCCAAAAACAGGCUCACUGCUAAACCAGCCCAAAGCUGUGCUUCAGAAACUAGCUGCCCUCUCUGACCUCAAUCCCAGUGCUCCUCGAAAUUCAAGAAACUUUGUCUUUCAUACACUUUCUCCUGUGAAGGGUGAGGCGGCAAAGGAAUCAUCAAAGUCUCAGGUGAGGAGAAGAGUGCCAUCAUUAGUGCCAUCUCCUUCUCCUAAGCGCCUCAGAACGGAUGAUAGCACUUCAGGAUCAAAGCAAAGCAUCUUCAAGUACUUGGAAAGCUAACAGCAUCAAGAAUGCCAGCAUUUCUGCUCAGAUUGCUUUGAGAAGUUUCUGGUACUGAAGGUUGGAACCAAUGAUCUCCUUCCUUCAUAAUCAAUGCACUAAGAUUAUGAAGAGACUCCAGUUCUUUGUACUAUAUGAGUCUGAGCAUCUUUUUCUUUUCCUAGUAUUAC